CAUUACAGAAAACAGCUCAUGUGACAGGUAGGGAAAAGCGUGUGGGAGUUAAGUGCUGACCUGUCAGAUUUUUUAUGAGCAGUGACACCUUGAUCUCUGCUAAAGUCUGCUUUAAGUUUUUUUUUUUUUUUAGCUCAUAAAGUAAUAAGAUAGAGCACUAAGACACUGAGCUUGUGUCUCAUUUCUUGGUGCAUUGUUACAGAAUGGCUGAAAAACUCCAAGCACUGAAGCAGCAGGUUUGCUGUUCCAUUGACGAAGCCAAGAACAAACUCCAUCGAUUAGGAGACGCAAUAUGGAGUCACCCAGAAUUGGCGUAUGAGGAAAGACAAGCCCAUGACACUCUGGUCCACUUUUUCACACAGGAGACAGGGUGGACCGUGGAGGCACACUAUAAACUCGGAACAGCUUUUCGGGCCACGUGGGGACCUGUGGGUGGAGCAGAUAGUGGGUCUGGGGUUAAUGUGGGCUUCCUGUGUGAGUAUGAUGCUCUGCCUGGUAUCGGCCACGCGUGCGGCCACAACCUGAUCGCAGAGAGCGGAGCUGCAGCAGCAGUGGGCCUGAAGUCGGCGCUGGAGAGCAGGGAGGCGUGGCCUGUGCCAAUCAAGAUAACUGUGUUGGGGACUCCUGCAGAAGAGGAUGGAGGUGGGAAGGUGGACUUACUGCGAGAAGGAGGCUUUGAGGGUCUGGAUGUUGUGUUUAUGGCUCAUCCCUCACAGGAGGACGCAGUCUACAUCCCAGACGUGGCAGAACAUGACGUUGUAGUGAAGUACCAUGGAUGUGCAUCUCAUGCAUCAGCGUAUCCCUGGGAAGGUGUAAAUGCUCUAGACGCAGCUGUCAUGGCCUACUGUAACAUGUCUGUACUCCGGCAGCAGCUCAGACCUGAUUGGAGAGUCCAUGGUAUAAUAAUGCAUGGAGGUGUGAAACCCAACAUCAUCCCUGACUACACUGAGCUGCAGUAUUACUUGCGCACCCCUUCACACCGAGACCUGCCCAACAUCCAAGCCAAAGCCGAGGCCUGUUUUCAAGCUGCUGCCCUGGCCACAGGAUGCAGGGUUGAGCUUCUGUUUGCAAAAAACAAGUUUUAUGACAUCCUGAGGAACCGCACUUUGGAAGGCCUGUAUGAGGAGAAUGGGAAAGCUCUUGGCAUGAAGUUCAUUACUGUUGAGGAGUCUUCUGGCUCUACAGAUUUCGGGAAUGUGACUCAUGCUGUUCCAGGGAUUCACUCUUAUUUCUACAUUGGAUCUGAGGCGCUGAAUCACACCGCAGAAUAUACAGCUGCCUCUGGUGCAGAUGAAGCUCAGUUUUACACACUCCGUACUGCCAAAGCUUUGGCCAUGACUGCACUGGAUGUUAUCUUCAGUCCAGGAGUGCUAGACAAAGUCAGACAGGAGUUUAAAGAGGCUAAGAUGAUGGAGGAGAAAGGACUGCAACUGCAACAGGUGAAACACGGGGAAGCGGAGACCAGCAAGAAAUAUGAAAUAGCCACAGUAUAGACAGUUUAAAGGCUUAAUGCCUAUAGGUUAUAAAGCAUUACCACUCUGUCCUUUUAUGCUGUAUCCUGCAGUUUCUUUGGUCUCUGUCCUGUAGCUUGCAGAAAAUGAGGUGAACAUCCAUCACUAUACGUAAUAGGUACUAUAGGUAACAUUUUAAAACACAGAACUGCAUUUUGCUUGUUUGUUUUUUGGAAGUAGAAGUUUAAACUGCCACAUUCUUUUGAGUGCGAUAUACAGUACUCAGUACACAUUUUCCAUUUCAAAAUUCCAUACUCAAAUUUCUAGACCUCACAGCACAUUUUUCAGACCAUAUUUGAUGCCACAGUACCAGUGUUUAUUAUUUAAAUGAAUGACUUCAAAAUCCAACUGUUAAUACGUAUGAUACAUUGUAUGUAAGCUAGUAUGUUGUCAAAUAAUUGCCAGAAGCAAGCAAGCCAUUACUGAGAUUAUAUUCUUUCAUUGUUGUUGUUUUGAUGAAAAAUAUUGAGGUCGUAGUGGUUGGAAUGAUAUUUAAAAAAAACCAGAAGUCAGAAACGCAAGUGUCAAUUUCAAAUAAAUUAAAUAAAAUUGUUUAAUAGAUGUGAAUUACACAGUUUUUUUGAGGUUAGCCUUGAAAAUUGUGAGUAUUAAUCAAAAUAAUUUUAUAUUCUUUCAUAUAAACACUAGUAGGACCUACGUAGAAAUACAAAGGCUUACAGAGCACAAAGAGGGUAUUAGAAAUAUUAUUUUGUUACUUUAUUUUGAUAGAGGAUGGUAGAUGUGAAUGACAUUCAAUGCUUAUUCAUGCAUAUUUUAUAAUUAACAUUGAUUUCUCCUUCUUUGUGAUUGUAUAAAUGAGAGUUAAGAUCAGCUUUAUAUUGCACAAGUAAAGCCAUUUGUUAAAACUUUGAAGAAGAGAGUGUACCAAUUUAACAUUG